AUGUAUAAUGAAACCCAGACCUCGACUGCCGAAGCCCGUCGGCUCAAAAAGCGGGAGCUCGAUCGCAAGGCCCAACGCCUGGCGCGAGAGCGCACAAAGAGUCGCAUCGCUCAAUUGGAGAGCAUGGUCGACAAUCUUCGACAAGACGACUCUAAUGCGCAAAUAGCUACCUUGAUGGACCAAUUAGGCAAGGUCACCAAGGAGAGGGACAAUUUAUUACAGGUCCUCGACUCGUUAGGCUCCACGAUCCGUCGGCACAUUGGCGAUACCAACAGCGCCACCACCACGAGCGAGCCACGAUCAGAGACAAAAUCCGAGUCGCCAGCGUAUGCUGGGCAAUCACAGUCGCAAUCGCAAUCGCAAUCGCAAUCAACAUCAAACGAACGAAUAGUCCCAAUCAUGACCCAAAGAGCAGCCUCAGAAACAAGCAACUCUACAAUACUAGAACUCCCCCUCAACCACAGCCAUCCUCCCCCGCACGACCCCUUCUCCUACGACGGCUGGAACUACGCCGUGACGACAGAGCACUACCCAACCUCGAUGGCCUUCGACAACUCGAUCCUCCCUCCCGCCGGCAACGGCUUCAUCCCUAUCCAGCCUCUCCUCCCAAACCUGCCCCCAACGCCCGAAGAGGACGACGUCAUCAUCCCCAAGGCCCCCGUGCUCUGCCACUGCUCCAGUCCGACGAGCUGUGCCUCGGGCUACCACGACAAGCCCAACAUCUGGCGCGCCAUAAACGAGGUCCUCGUCAAGCCCACAAAGCUCUCGGCUGAGGAGAUGGCGAUCGAGGAGUACAACGCGGAGGAUAUACCCGUGCGCGCUAUGAUUGAGGGCUGGGAUAGCAUUGAGCGAGCGGGCAAGAUGACGCCGACGUGGCGCAAGCUGCGCAGGGCAGAUGAGCUGUGCUUUUCAAAUUGCCGAGAAACAGAGCGUUUGGCUGCGAUGCGCAUAUGUCAUCUGUUGAUCACGUAUCACGGCGAUCCUACGAUUGAGAGACGCGCGACUUUACCGCGAUGGUACUGGAAUAGACCAUCGCAAGCACUACCACAUUCAUACGGCAUUGACUUUUUCGUCUGGCCCGGUCUCCGCGAACGCCUCAUCUUCUCCCAACACCAAUACUGCAACAACUCCUUCUGGGAGCUCCUCCAAACCAACCUAAAGAUCCUCUGGACGGACACCUUCCAGGAUACAUUCUACCACAACGCGCACACGGGCAAAUACCACAUAUCGCCACUUUUCGAGCAGCGCAUCCGCGACAUCAACGCGUGGACCAUGUCGACGGACUUUUUCCAGCACUUUCCCGAGCUGAGCGAGGACAUCCCGGCGUAUAUGGGGAUACCGGCUUCCAUGGGGGGCGUGCAUCCAUCUGCUGUUGUGCCGUCGAGUAGGAGGCGGUAUGAGGAUGAUGAGAGCAAAGUACAUAAAGGACAGAGGGCAGCUAUAUGUUAG